UUAUUUUCAUUUACUGAUUAAUUUUCGCUGGUUUUUUUUUUUGUUUGACCCUCUGAUAAUUGUUUUGUUGUUGUGAUGGAAUUAGGGUUCUGUGCGACUCUUAAAUCAUCCGUUUGAGCGCUGCGCAUCCCAUCGUCUUGACUGUAACAUUUUGAUAAAAGGCUAAUUGGGUAAUAUACAAGAUGUCGUCAUCACCAUAUGUUAAGCUUGGCAGUCGAUCACUUGAUCAGUGGAAGGUCACUGAGCUGAAGGAAGAACUGAAGAGACGUAAAUUAGCAACUAAAGGUUUGAAAGAGGAUUUGGUGAAGCGAUUAGAUGAAGCAGUUCGUAUUGAAAGAGAAAGUGUCAUUGAGUAUGCAGACAUCGAUGCUUCCCAAUCUGACUUACCUUCUGAAAAAGCAGAGCCAGAAUCUAAAGUUUCCGCAAAAGCUAAGGAUUUUACGGUUGAAAAGGCAGAUGAAAAGUCUGAUCAUGGGAUUGGUAAUCACGGAGGUUCACUGGGUGAAGACAAUAAAACGGACUUAGUGCAAGAAACCAAGAUUGAUGGGCUCGAAGGGGAGCAGAUUGCUGAAUUUGCUGCUGUGGAAACUUCUGUUAUCGUGAGUGAGACGGUCGAGAAUUUGGCACCUUCGAGUGGGUCCCAGUUGCAAGUUGAUGGAAUAAACGAGGAUGGAGGUUUUACUUUAAGGUUGCCACAUUCACUGGACGAUGCUAUUCUUGAACAGAAACGGGAUACACAUUCGACUCAGAUUAACAAUGAAGCUAUGCAUUCAACGGUUCCAAUGGAAACUGAUGAAUCCAAGUGUCUCCAACCAGACCAGAGUGUCCAACCAUUGAAGUAUCAGGUAUCUGAGGUUGACCCUGAUUUAGGGUUUCAAGUAACAUCUGAUUCUGUUUCUACUGAAUCUGUCUCCAUUAUUGAGAAAAAUGAAAUAAAGGUAGAUGUAAUUACUGACAAUGUCCAAUUAGAACUAGAUGUUAAGCAUGAGAUGGCGCAGCCUUCACCCAGCAGUGCUGUCCUAGACGGCGGCCUAUCUCACUCAAUGGGUGUUGAAGAACCAAUCGACAAAAAAGAUUUUGGAGAGUCAAAUGAAAAAAAAGAUCUUGGAGAGAGGUUCGAAGAAAAAGAUAUUGGAGAGCCAAUUGAGAAAAAAGAUAUCGAAGAGCCAAUUGAGAAAAAAGAUUUUGGAGAGCUAAUUGAGAAAAAAGAUUUCGAAGAGCCUAUUGACGAAAAGGUCCCUAUGGAAGCCACUAAUGGAAGUACUCCAGAAAUUGUUGUUAUCUUCAACAAUGUUGACGGUGGAGAUUUGGGUUCUGCUGAAAAGCUGAAUUUAGAUAGGAGUUCUGGUGAUGAUUCCAUGGAGGAGGAUGUAUUGGAGAGUAAGCAAAUGGAGUACAAGUCUGAUAUAAUCAGUGAUGAUGUAGAGAAAUCUGGAAUGCCAAUCGUGAGAGAGGAUGACGAUGUCGAUGUUGUUGGUCAUGAUAAACCGGUUGAAAGUAAGGAUCCUAUUGUUAACAACGCGACAGUCUCUACGCUGACAACUGUGAAAAGGAAGUUUCAUGAUAAAGAAGCAGUUGCGAAUAACGACACUGUGAAGAAGCAGCGCAGGUGGAAUGCCGAAAGCUUAAAGGGUUCUGAGCCGCACAGCGCUAACAUAGCGACUCCCGUAACCCCUAAGAGUUUAUCUGGACCUGCUUCAAUCACCACAGUUAAUGAAGCAUCAUCGCCCAAGGAGCGUAAUGUUCCACCAUCAUCCAAGCCUCCUAGCAAUUCUCUCAGAAUUGAUCGGUUUUUGCGUCCUUUCACACUAAAAGCAGUGCAAGAACUUCUUGGCAAAACUGGCACUGUUACUAGUUUCUGGAUGGAUCAGAUCAAAACCCACUGCUAUGUCUCAUAUUCAUCGGUCGAAGAGGCGCUAGAAACCCGUAAUGCUGUAUACAAUCUCCAGUGGCCCCCAAACGGGGGCCGUUUGUUGCUAGCAGAAUUCGUUGACCCCCAAGAAGUCAAAACCCGUGUAGAGGCCCCUCUUGCAUCCCCCUUAACACCUUCGACAAGUGCAGUUCCUGCCUUCGCUACUACUCAACCCCACCAACCCAACGUGCCACCGCAGCCUUCGCCACGUCAGCAAAUCCAGAGGCAUCAGCUUCCACCGCCUACUCUUCCACCACCGCCACCACCUAUGCUGUCGAAUCCACCUCUUGCUAGAGAACGCCUGCAACUGUCAAGGGACCGGAUUAACCUUCCACCGCCGCCCCCACUGUCGGAGAAGGUGGACCCACCGAUAGUUACCCUGGACGAUCUUUUCCGGAAAACCAAAGCAAUCCCUCGAAUUUACUACUUGCCAUUAUCCGACGAACAAGUUGCAGCAAAGCUCAAGGCACAGGGGAAGAAUAUUAAUUAGGAUGUGUUAUGGCAGGAGAGAUCAAAAUCGAAUUAGUGAUAAAAAAUGUGAAAGUUAAAAUGGUAAGAAAGUAUUAUCAUAAUUACGUCUUAUGCAGGUCUGCAGGUGUUGCUGCUCGUUGCUGGUUCAGUGAUGGCAUUCGUGUUAUUUCAUGGGAUUUGCUUUUGGGGCUGAGGCUGAGUUUUAAAAUCUCUAUCUUUCGUAAACAAUAGCCUUUUUUAUUUUGAUGGAUGAGAGAGAGAGAGAGAGAGACUUAAUUGAGGAUAUAUGUUUAAGAUUGCAUUAACUUGAGAUUAGAGGACACCUUAAUUCAUGUUUGGUGUUGUAUGUACUUUGUAGCUGUACUGUUGUUAUCUUUAUAUCUUGACUCGACUCUUUAUCUUGCGAUUGUGGUUC